UGUUGUUGUAGGGCCCCGUGAUUUCUAAUGGCGGCCCCGGUGUGUCUUGUGAAUUUUACUGUAAGGAGCAAUGACUGUGCGAGUGGUAAUGACUAAUAAUUACAGGAUGUGGUGAGAGAAAUCACUGGGGCGCCGCACAGUCUUUCAUAAAUGUGAAUUAAUUCCCUAAACUGAGUGAAUUGCGCGUAUGGCCGGCAGGGGGCGUGUGCACGCAGCGCAGGGAGCAGAUACGCGGAAGAAGUGCGGUACAGCCUCCUCUUCUCCUCAGUAGUCCCGGGGCUGCGGACGGUGGGAAGGGGAGAGUCACUGACUCAUUGAGUCGGCGCUGAUAGUGACGGUGGACUCGGGCUCCUGACAGGACCAAUUCCUCCUUCCGGGCGACUACGAGCUUCACUUCCGGUUACUCGUGAGACAUUCAGCAAGUCCAGCCCAUGUCAUCCCUGCGCGAAACAGCCGUAUUUACCUGCAGCCGACUAUCAGCGCGAGUAUAUUGACAAAGUAAAAGGAAAUCAAGAAGAUGGACAGGUCUAGUCAUUGUAGUUAUGUUCUCCAGCAACUUUACAAUCAGAGGGAAUGGGGAUUUCUUUGUGACUGCUGUAUUGCUAUUGAUGACAUCUACUUUCAAGCCCACAAGGCUGUUCUAGCUGCUUGUAGUUCUUACUUUAAAAUGAUGUUUAUAAAUCACCAGAACACCGUUUCCCAAAUAAAUCUCAGCAGUGUGAAGAUUAGUGCACAAUGCUUUGAUCUUAUUUUGCAAUUUAUGUACUUGGGAAAAAUACUUCACCUCCCUGAAGAUUUUGAUCAGUUAAAGGAAGCAAUGAGCUAUCUUCAACUGUAUGUUAUCCCUGAAUGCCUGGAGGACAUACAGGAUGUGAAUUCUUCCAACCUAAAAUGCUCCUCUACAGCCUCUAGUAGCCUAAGUGGUAAGAUGGUUUUUGGUGUGCGUAUGUAUGAGGAAUCCGCAUCCAAGACUGUAGAAGAGCCAAAUCGAUGGAUGUCAGACCCUGCCUUAUCUUUAAAUAUGAAGCAAGAAAAAAGGGCAGACGGCGGCUUAAAGCCCUUGUUCCAAAAACAGAUGUCUGAGGUUGUUAAAAAGAUUACUCCCUCAAAAUUGUCAAACACAAGGGAGCGUGGGUCCAGGCGUUUUGGAAGGAGUUUUACUUGUGACAGUUGUGGAUUUGUAUUCAGUUGUGAGAGACUUCUGGAUGAGCAUACAUUAACCUGCACCAACAGGCACACAUAUCAAAGCAAAGAAGCAGGUGGUAGUGAACAGAAUGAACAAGGGUCGCCAAAUCCUAAACAGUCCCCAUUGGAAGAGGGCAGGUGUAAAGUUGACUCCAGUCAAUCUAAUGAGGAUUCCCUGUCACCUGGAAGUGCAAAACAUUUUUUGGCUGAUUUAGAGCAAAUGAAAAACACAGUUGUCGAAACUACGGAUAAAAACCCAGUAAUUAUUAAAAUUGAGUCAGAUGAUUGUUCUCUUGUAGAAAUGGAUGAUAUUAAUAUUGUUAAAAUAUCAGAUAAAGAUUACUUUGAUCCGUCGGAUGUUGACGAUUUGGAAGACGAAGCCGAUGAAACGCUUAGUAAUUACUGUGUGGAUGAACGGUACAGCAAAGAGGGGAAAUAUGUUCAUAGCCAAAAUACACAACAAAAAGAGAGAAACGGCAGAAAAGGAAUACGAUUUGUGAAUAGCAGAGAAGAUGCACCAGCAGAGGAUGAUCAUGAGACUUCCUGUGAGCUUUGCGGCUUGACCGUUACAGAUGACGAUCUUUCAUCUCAUUACUUAUCUAAACACAUAGAAAAUAUAUGUGCCUGUGGAAAAUGUGGGCAAAUAUUGGUGAAGGGCCGUCAGUUACAGGAGCAUGCACAACGCUGUGGAGAGCCACAGGAGCUAAUGGAAGGCAGUUCUAGAAACAGUGAAGGAAGAAUACUUUAUGGUGAGGCUAUAGAGGAACCUUCUGCAGUGGGUGAUAUGCUUGGUGAGAUAUGGGAUAAUGUCAAUGACGGUACUCUAAUUAGAAAUAGUAGUCCAAAAAAGCAAAUUUAUAAACAUUCAGCUUGUCCAUAUCGCUGUCCCAACUGCGGCCAAAGGUUUGAGAAUGAAAAUCAGGUGGUAGAGCACAUGUCUCAGUGUUUGGAUCAUGAAGGUUACAGACAUUCUGUUUCAGAUGAGAAUGAGCGAGAUCACAGAAGAAAGCAUUUCUGUGAUAUUUGUGGUAAAGGGUUUUAUCAGCGCUGUCACUUACGGGAACAUUACACAGUGCACACUAAAGAAAAGCAGUUUGCCUGUCAGACUUGUGGAAAGCAAUUUCUUCGAGAGCGCCAGCUUCGACUGCAUAAUGAUAUGCACACGGGAAUGGCCAGGUACGUGUGCUCCUUAUGUGACCAAGGGAACUUCCGAAAACAUGACCAUGUCCGUCACAUGAUUUCUCACUUGGCAGCUGGGGAAACUAUAUGCCAAGUCUGCUUUCAGAUUUUCUCAAGCAAUGAACUCUUGGAAGAGCACAUGGAUAUUCAUCUUUACACAUGUGGUGUUUGUGGUGCAAAAUUUAACCUGCGCAAAGACAUGAGGUCACAUUAUAAUGCGAAGCAUUUUAAAAAAGCAUAGUCCGCACAUCAUUCGGACUUCUCAGUGAUGAAACCCCUAUGGAUUUAAAUAGAGAAGGCUAAUGCAAAAAGCAUGUAUUGUUACAUACAAUAUAACUUAAGGAGGUAGGAAGCAAUGUGCACUCCAAAGUUACCUUUUUGUUUAUAAAUACAGUUAACUGUACAAGAGGUGCAUCCUACUGAAAGAAAUUACGGUCACUUCUUAAAGGGAAGUCAUGGGAAAACAUGUUUUUUUUUUCAAAACACAUCAGUUAAUUGUGCUGCUCCAGCAGAAGUCUGCACUGAAAUCCAUUUUUCAAAAGAGC